AUGUUGUCACCCGAAGAUCAGCAAGUACAAAUAUGCCUACUGAAAUCCAAUUUAGAGGAAAUUGAAAGUAGCUUGGUUGUUCAGCGCUCAGCUCUGCCCGAGCUCGACGAAGAAAAUGAGAAGCAGUACAGAGAGACAAUGGUGGCGUUGAAGAUAUCGCGCGCGCAGAACGAGCAGAUAGAGCGGCUCAAGCAGGAAAAUGUUCGACUAACAGCGAAACGUACGCAGCUGAAACACCAGUGCGAGGGGUUGGCAGAGGCCCUCCAGGCGGCACGCGAGAGCCGAGGCCGGCUAAUCGACUUAAUCAGCGACGAGGAACACGCCGAUGAGAGUAACAUACGCGCCUACGAAGACUCGUUGGGACAUAAGGCAGAGCGAUUUAGGCAGACUCGGAGUUUCUACGACGAAGACCAGAUGACUCGGGAAUUCGAAGAGGUUAAUAAAACGAACUGCGAGCUCGAGACUGAAGUCGCACGGCGUCAACAAAUCGUUGGCGAGCUCAAGAAGAAACUUGAAACUAUGAUACCGGAGGUUCCUGAAAACUUGCCUGUAGCCAUGGGGAAAAUGGAGCUAGCCGAGAAAUUGAAAUUGCUCAUGAAAAGAAAAGAAGAUCUUCGCCUGAAAGUGAAUGGUCUGAAGAAGAAGGAGUCUUGCCUUAAUAUUUCACCGUAA